AGAGUGUCAUCUCUCCUCUACAGGAUCUCUGGAGUAACCGCUGCCACAUCACAACAAUCAAAACACGGAUCAAACUUCAAACUUCUGCAAUCUGACGUCUUUUUCCUCAGCCGCGGGCGAUGGCGAAGGACCCUCUGGCCGACGCCAAUUUGUACUUUGAUGAACUGGGCAAACUGCGAGUCCUGGAGCCGGAGGUGAGCCACAGCACCACCGAACUCAAAGAAGAAUGCAAGGACUUUGUGGACAAAAUCGCUCAGUUCCAGAAGAUGGUGGGCGGUCUGAUUGAUCUGGUGGGAGAACUCGCCAAAGAGACGGAGACGGAAAAGUUGAAGGCCAUAGGAGCUCGCAACCUCCUAAAGUCUGUGGCCAAACAGCGCGAGGCUCAGCAGCAGCAGCUCCAGGCACUCAUCACAGAAAAGAAGAUGCAACUUGAGAGGUCAAGGGUCGAGUACGAGGCCUUGUCCAAAGUGGAGUCCGAGCAGAAUGAGUUCAUCGAUCAGUUUAUUUUACAGAAAUAACCAAAACUUUACCAAACGUCACCGGACAGUGCCUCCAGUGACCUCUGCUAAGUUCUACGUGACAUCACACAGGACUGUCCAGAUUACAGACAGAACACCAAACACCUGGGGGCGGAGUUUUAAGUGUGGAUACCUGUUUCGACCAAUCACACUGUUCCUUAUACCUCCAGACGCCGCUCCUCCUCCCCCCUCACUCUCCCCUUUGAGUUUUCCCGAAAUGUCUUACUUUUAAAAUUACAAUGAGUGUAUUAUUUAUUUAUUUUAUCACAAAAUUUUUGAAUAGUUUUUUGUGUCAUUGCAGUACGUUUUAUGUAUUUUUAUGAAUUUUUGGAAACUUAAAUAUAAAUAAAAAUAAUGCUGUUUUAUUGUU